UUCAGGCUACAGCUUGUCUAUAUUUCUGGAUUGAACUAUCGAUCAUGAUAACAAAGAGCUCUACCAAAAGUGAUAACGGCAGUCGUACAAGCAUGGCUCCGCCCUCUUAUGUUAGUCGAGAGUCGGUUCAGGAUGAUGAAUCGUCAUAUGCACCUUCUGAAUAUAGCGGUGGAAGUGCUCCACGUACCACAAACACCGAGGCAUCUGCGCAUAAUUGUGCCAAAAGGAACGCCACCUAUGGCGGGGCGUUGCCUGGUACAGCUUCCCAGUCCUACAUGUACACAACCAACUAUUACAAUAAUUGCAACGAGGAUUU